AUGUCAAGCCCCAACUCAACCAACUCAACCAAGAAGAAGGUCCACUACGAGCGUGGUACCAAAGGAGCCUCCCACCACCACCGUUCAAGCCGCGACUCAGGCGUCGGGUCAUCCAGCGCAAGCGAUCGAGCCUCCUUAGGAACAACACCUAACAACAACACUUCCUUCAGCAACGCCCAGAUUGAAACGCAGCGCCACAGCCUUCGCGCCGUGCAAGAAGCCCUCGACGCCGCCAACGACAGAAUCAAACGCUACGAGGCCAGCACUCAGAAACUCGACGCCGCUCUUACAGAGAGCAACAAGGAGAACCGACUCCUGAAGAAAGAGAAAGCAGAGCUAUGUAACAAAGUCGAGGAUCUACUCGACGCACUCGACGAUGAGCGGGAGAGAAACGCAAGGCUCAGACGAGAAGUCCAAGGCCAAGUCUCAUCCUCAUCCUCAUCCCGCAACAGCCCACCUCGCUCAUCACCCCGAUCCUCGCCUCGCAACUCAAGGGAGAUCGAAGAAGCAGCCACCGUAUCCUUCCACCGAGAAUCCGGACGCAGAUCAAGCUAUCAGCAGCCUCAGCCAAUGUAUCCAGCUGCUCCUCAACCACCGCCAAACUCAGCACCGAAUCCAUUCUUGCCUUCGCCCAGGAACUCGAGCUCGGGUGUUCCUGGGGUAGUAUUCGUGCCUGAGAGGACUGUCAACUAUGCGCCUAGUACGCUGUCGUAUUCUAGCUCGCCUGUGUACGCUCACGCGCCGCUGACGGUUCAGACUAGGGGGAGCAGGUAUGAGAGUGGGAGUGUGAGUGGGAAGGGGAGUAGUGUGAAUGAUGGGAAAUACCACCUCUCCCCGCUGUGA